AUAUAUAAGUUAAAAUUUGAACGUGAUAAGAGACCAAGUGGAAUUUCUUAUCUUCACAAACACAUAAAACCUUACACUUUGCAAAAUGGAAGUCGUUAGAUAUUUCGCUAUUUAUAUGUUGUAUUUUAUCGGAUAUGUAAAAGGAUCACCGAGAGGAUUUGACAAAGUGUUCAACGGAUCGUCUCCUUCGUAUUACUUCUUCAGUCAUGAUUUAGAAACUUGGACAGGCGCGUUGCUUUCGUGUCAAAUAUUGGGAGGAUAUUUGGUGGAAAUAAACUCACAAAAGGAAUACAUGUUUGUAAAAGAAGCAAGUAGAGCGACAGAAGGUGUAAGUCGAUGGAUUGGUCUGAGUAAUAAACGACAGAUGGACGUCUGGGAGUGGGCAACAAGUCACGAAGUCUACAACGAAACAAUAUUUAACAUGUGGGCUACUGGAGAACCGGAUCAUUUCAACGGCCAAAAGGACGAGAGUUGUGUACUCCUUGAUAAAUUUGAAGGUGACGGCAAGACACAUAAUUUUGAGCUAGCUGACGUUAUGUGCGACAGAAGAGAGAAAUAUAUAUGUGAAUACAACCCUCCACAGAUUCCGAAACUGGCGAUUGGGAAGUAAUACAGGGUGCGCAUGUGAAGUAGUGAAAUACCCUGUUAUUCAAUAAAUAUAAUAUUGUU